AUGACGCUCGGCGCUGCAGAUGGCCUCCCUGGCGGCAGCGCACCUGCUUCGCUGACGCUGCGGUUCAGUGACCCUGGCUUGGAGGCCGGCUUCGCCAAGCACCGCGUGCCUCUGCUCAUAUCCGGCAUGCGCAAAUGUUCUCUGUGUCUCGCGCUGCUGAUCUUGGUCAUCCUGAUCAUGGAGCAGGCGUGGGAUAGGCGUCCCGAACGCUAUGGCAGUCUCCUCGAAAGGGACGUGAGAGAGCGCGGCCAUCUUGCUGUUACUUGCAUUUUGUUCCUGGCGUUCUUCGCGUUCUGCACGUGGUCCUGUCCUUGCAUGAACAGGUUGAGCGCUCGCGCGCUGGAGAUCGUCGGUGUGUCCAUGAUUACCAUUGGGUUAGUUGCACACACUUUCGCCAUUCCAUGGUAUAUGGCCCGUGUCCUGGGCUAUGACGCAGAAGGUGUCAUCAAAGGGGCCACCGAUGCAAACUUGUUACUUGCCAUUGAUUGCGUUGUCACAGCAAGCCACUUGUUGUUGCCUAUCAGAUUCUUUACAAUCGUUGCUAUUGAUUUGGCUGGCAUUCUGGCAUAUAUCGUUCCUGUGUUUGCACUCGGGGGGCCUGAGAUGCACAACGCUCCGAUUCACACGUGCUUUCUGGUUUGUCUCAUUUGUCUGGCAUCUCUAGGGAAACACGCCGUAGAAUACCACGAGCGCUGCUCAUAUGUGCUAAUCAUCACGGAAAAGCGUCUCCGGUUCGAGUCGGAAUUCGCAUUGUCAGCGAUGUCGGCGGGGCAGAAGGAGGAAUCAACGUCUGGACGUCCCCCUUCAAUCAGCGGAGCGUCGAUUCCGUCGACUUCAGCGACUGAGCGUGCCUUCAAUUUUGGCAACGAUAGAACGGCCAGCUUGCAGCAGCUUGCGGAAAUUGGUCAGAAGGAGCAGUGGCUCGUACCGAUGGAAGACGUGACUAUACCUUCAGGUCCACUGCUUGGUGAGGGGGGAUUUGGACGAGUUUACACGGGUCUGUACCUGGGAGUCGCAGUCGCGUUGAAAUUCCCGAAAGAAUCUCUAAGGAGAUCCCACGUCGUCUCGAUCUGCAACGAGCUGCGCAUUCUGCGAAGGUUGAGACAUCCAAAUAUCGUGAGUUUCUAUGGAGCCUGCGUGGACAUUUCGAAGGGCACCCUAGGACUGAUUCUCGAUUGUGUGAAGGGGUCCACACUGGGGCAAUUCAUCCGGAGCAGGCUGGGAGACUCUCAUAGCGGCGAUGUCAGCUUACAGGACCGUCCGAACGAUGCAGUCCGAGUGACGGUGCUUGUGGAUAUUUCGUCCGCGCUGUCUUAUAUGCAUUCGAGGACUCCCCACGUAGUUCACGGUGACCUAAAAACGUCAAACAUAUUUGUGGUGCAAGAGUGUUCAUCCGCGCCUGUCCGAGCUAAGCUGCUCGACUUCGGUCUUGCAAGAGCUUUGACAAAACAUGCGAACCCGUUGGGCGGAACUCUGCGCUGGGCGGCACCAGAGGUCAUUCGUGGUCGUGCUGCGCCGAGCACCGCGGCAGAUGUGUUCUCAUUUGGUCGUCUGAUCUUCUUCGUCGCCACAAGCUUGUACCCAUUCGGUCGAACCGAGGACUUGCAGCUCAUGGAGGGAGCGCAGCCUCAGUCCGAGUUGGCAAUGUUGGUCGGCAACGGGCUGGCGGGCAAAUGCAGGUGUCUUGUAGAGCAGUGUUGCCAGCUCCAGGUGGCUCCCCGACCGCCCAUGCGGCAGGUGCACGCAGAAGUUCUGGGCUGGAGAGAAGGGUGGCCUGAUUCAAGGCAUCACUCACGAAAGGUAGACCAACAUGCUAUUCAAGUGCCCGGAGUGCCCAUGCUGGCAACUUCCUCGCACAGAGGCAGCGGAAAUGCAAGCAGAAGUCUUGCUGCUUCCUCUUUUGCGCCCACACCGAACGAAACGGUUAUGGCUAUGAUUCAUCACUGA